GUGCGGUGAUGGAGGAGAAGAUUUACAUGCUGGAUCCUGAUCGUUGUUUGAUUUACAAUCCCAGGGGAGGUGUUUGGGAAACUAGAGUUGAAGAAUUGAAGCGUUUGUGGAAAGCAUCGUCUUGUGUGGUUGAUGAUAGGUUGUAUUCGAUCGAUCCUGCGUGUAGUCCUGGAAGUCCAUUGGUCGUAUAUGAUCCAAAGGAGAGGACUUGGAGACCUGUGAGAGGUGUGUAUGGUUUGCCUAAUAGUAUUAAUAUCUCUGAUCAUGACUGUAAAAUGGCAAAUCUUGGUGGGAAGCUGGUGGUUUUGGCUAGUAAGAGCCCGUUCUUUAGGUCUGAUCAUCACGGCGUAGAAGAGAUUUGGUGCGUAGAGAUCAAUUUGAAAAGACGUCAAGGUGGUGAGAUUUGGGGGAAUGUGGAAUCAAUCAAUCGUGUGCUUACAUCAAUCGAGUCGCCUUACAUUGAGCAUUGUCGAACUGUUCCUUUGAUGAUGCUUGGGAUUGGUGUUCUUGCAGGUGAAUCAAAGUGACUCAGAAGCUGUAUCUGACACCUCAAGAGUAACUCUUACUUCUUUACCUCUCUGCACAGUGUAUAUACUCUUUACAGAAUUAGCCUUGAGUAGAUUUCUUGAGCUGUAUAGAAGGUGGGCUAUUCCUUUAGCUGCCUUUAUACAAUAGUUCUUACGAAAUUUGUUGUUGAAUUGCAUCUCUGCACAGUGUUGAUGAUACAUGAUACUCUUACAGAAUUAGCCUUGAGUAGAUUUCUUGUAGCUGCCUUUAUAGAAAAAUUCUUAUGACAUUUGUUGUUGAAAUACAUCUUUAGUUAGCUAUGUUUUGGGGGUUUUGUGCCAGUGC